AAAUCGAUCUCUGUCUUGAAAGCAAUGGGGGCUGCCACACCAACGCAGAGUGCAUUAAAACAGGCCCAAGGAAGGUUGCCUGCAACUGUCUUCCUGGUUACAGUGGGAAUGGUGUGAGCCACUGCAACCCCAUCAACUUGUGUGAACAGAACAACGGAGGCUGUAGUCCCUUCGGGCUCUGCAAGUACACAGGCCCUGGCACUCGAAACUGCUCCUGCUCUGGGCAGAGUGUUGGAGAUGGCUUCACCUGCCAUGGCAAAGUGUAUCAGUUUGAAGAGUGGAAGAGCAGAGGCCUCCUCCGGGACCUGCUUCGCUACCACAUGGUGGGUUGCCAGAAGUUGCUGUCCAGUGACCUGGAGGCCCGGGAGUCCCUUACAUCUUUAUCUGGGCACGAAAUAAAGACCACAGGGAAAGAGAAUAGCAUCUAUCUCAAUGAGGAAGCCAAAGUAGUUGUGAGUGACAUCAUCGGCGUGAAUGGGGUCAUUCAUUUCAUCAACAAGAUCCUUAUUCCAAGUGACCUGGUGGACCGUAACAUUUCCUCAGAGAUGUCACAGCAAAACAUCACGGAAGUGGCUGAGGCUUUUGGAUACACCAUUUAUAGCAAGCUGCUGCAGGACGCAGAGCUGCUUCCACUGGUUAGUGACCCCCUGCAUAGACCCUUCACCAUGCUGUGGCCCACAGAUGCUGCAUUUAACAACCUCUCAGAGAAAAGGCAGAAGUGGCUGUACCGCAGAGAGCAUCGGGAUGUGCUGGCCUCCUACCUCAAAGCACACAUGAUCAGGGACACAAAGAUUGUUGCUGGUAACGUGCCCCAACUCAAAUCCAUACGGACCAUGCAUGGCUCCACCAUCUCGUUCAGCUGCAGCAAAGCCCACGUGGGGGAGCUUCUGGUGGGAAACGGGGAUGCCACCAUCAUCCAGAGGCACAUGGAAUUCAAUGGGGGCAUUGCUUAUGGCAUCAAUAGACUUUUGGAGCCACCAGAUCUGGGAUCCCGCUGUGAUGAGUUCGUCUUUGUUGAACUGCAGGGAUCUACAGAGAGCUGCGGACCCUGUGGAUUGGAGCCACCCUGCCCUGCUGGCUCUGUUGAACAGGCCGUCUGCCGCUCCGGCAACCUCUGCGAAUGCGACCUUCACUACGAAGGAGAUGGGAGAACCUGCUUAGUGAUCGACAUGUGUGGCCAGGACAACGGGGGGUGCGCCGGGCACGCACAGUGCACUCAGGUGGGCGUGAACAUCUCCUGUGCCUGCAGCCCUGGGUACAGAGGCGACGGCUACGUCUGUGAACCCAUAGACAGGUGUGCGGACGGCAGGAACGGGGACUGCAGUGAGCACGCCAACUGCAUCAGCACCGGGCCGAAUGAGCGGCGCUGCGAGUGCAAGCGGGGCUAUGUCGGUGAUGGGAUCCAGUGCCUGGAAGAGGCCGUGCCCCCCACGGACCGGUGCCUGGAAGACAACGGGCAGUGCCAUCGGGAGGCCAUUUGCACCGACCUGCACUUUCACGAUAAGACCAUGGGUGUAUUUCAUCUGCAGUCACCCCGAAAAAAGUACGACUUCACUUACGAGCAGGCUCAGGAGGCCUGUGCCACAGAAGGAGCUUCCCUGGCCACUUUCCAGCAGCUCUCGGCAGCACAACAGAUGGGAUUCCACCUAUGCUUGGUGGGUUGGCUGGACAACGGCACAGCCGGAUACCCCACAGCCUACCCCAGCCCCAGCUGUGGGGCAAACCGAGUGGGCAUUGUGGACUACGGCUCCCGAAGCAACCUGAGCGAGACCUGGGAUGCAUUCUGCUACAGGGAGAAGGAUCUGACGUGCACCUGCCGUGACGGGUUCGUGGGAGAUGGGUAUUGGUGCAGCGGCAAACUCCCCGAUGUGCUCGCAGACCACGCGCGCUUCUCCACCUUCUAUUCCAUGUUGCUUGAUUUUGCCAAUGGCACAGAAGAAGGACUGGAUUUUUUCAACUAUUUGUCUGAUGACUCCACUCCCAAAACUCUCUUUGUCCCCCUGAAUUCUGGCUUCGCAGACAAUGAAACACUGACAGGAGAAGACCUGAAGCUCCAUGUGUCAUCCAGCAACAUCGUCCUCUUCAGCUUCAACCUCACAACGGGCACCAUCAUCCCAUCCCAGUCAGGAUAUGACCUCCAUGUGUCAGACCUCCCCGUGGGCAACAGCACAGAGCACGCGGGUGCCAAAGGCAUCAAUGACACGAUGAUCGUAGAGUGGGACAUCAUGGCUUUCAAUGGCAUCAUUCAUGCGAUUGCGGAGCCACUCAAGGUCCCACCGCCCCGUGUUCAUCUUGGUCAG